AUGAAGGGUGAAUUGAACAUCCCUGGGGGGAAGAAAGACCAAGUGGAGUGCAACCCGGUGGUGACUGCCUACAGGGAAUUCAGCGAAGAGACGAUUUAUCUGUAUAACAUGUUUGUGUCGUACUUUAGCCACUUGCACUAUGUCAUGAAGGGGAUCGCCCCGGAGGAGAAGCCCCAAACGGAGAAGCCCCAAACGGAGAAGCCCCAAAUGGAGGGGAACCCCCCCAUGGAGAGUGACCCCCCAAUGGAGAGUGCCCCGUACGAGCUGUUCCUGCAAAGGAACUUCCUAACUGACGUGACCCAAAUGAGCAUUCAAGAAAAAAAGAGAGCAAUCAACAUGCACAUUAAUAACUUCAUGCUGUAUUUUAAGGAGGCAUGUCUAAAUAUUAAGGAAAAUCAUGAAUCCAUGUAUAGAUGUUCUUAUCCUCCAUCGUAUUAUCAAAUGAGGAAUGCCACCCUGGAGAAAAUCCACAAGGAGGUGAGUUUACUUUCCUCGAUAGAAGAUGACGAGGUAAAUAAUUUCAAGCUGUACUACUCUCAAGGGAAAUACUGUCUUUUUUUUUACAACGCAAUUCAACACCACUGUAAAAAUAUGCUUCAUUAUUUGAGGAAUUAUUUUUGGCAUAACUACAUGACCUUAUUUAACAUCCUUUUGAGUGAGAAUGUGCAGUUUUUAAUUAGAUGCAGAGGGAACAGUAGAACCGAUUAUGAACCCUACCUCUUUGAUGCCAUCGAAAUAAGAAAAAAAAUUGAUCCAGGCUUGUACGACAAUUUAUUACAUGUAGAAAAUUUGAUCCCAUCGGAAUAUGGAAAAAAUAAAAGAGAUACUUUUUAUGCAGAAGGAGCUAGCCAAAAUGGGGAACAAGACACCUCGAUAGAUACUGGCUACAUGAAUGACAUGAUAUGGCUGGACCUUUCCGAUCUGCUUCUACACUCUUUGCGCAGUUGCAACCACGUGGGGAUUGUGCGUCAUGUAUGGAUCCUUUUUGAUGAGAUAAUGCGAUGGGGAGGGUAUCCUGUUUGUACUCCUCGCGAUGGGGAGCAUAGAGAGGACUCCCAACAUGAUGCAGCCGAGUCGCAGUUCAUUUUAGUCGGUCAAGGCUCCCUAAAACUGCACAGAUGCAUAGCCGAGAAGAUAUGCCACCUGUAUAAGGACAUACACAGGAGGCUACACAUGCUAAUCCAACACAAUAGGCACGACGCCUUUUGGGCUCUGUUCUUUUCUCCAUUCAACACGAAAUUGAGCAUGCAUAAUGUGAGCACCCUGCACAGGACCUGCAAUGCCCCCUUAAGAAAAUUUCUGAACUGUUUGAUUACCAGCCGCGACUUCUGGGUCUUCCUCUUUCUCAACCUGGUGGGGAGCAUCCCGACG